AUCGGCCUGCUUUGACGCGAUACUAGGCGAUAACAAAAUUAUAAAUUUCAACGUUAAAUGUCACAGAAAAAUCGCAUAAAUCUAUAUCAAAAUUAGCCGUUUUCGCGCGGAAUUUUCGAUAAAAAAACGUUUCGAAACAAUUUAAAAAACAUGUUGAAUUCAAUGGGGGACGGCGCCGUUCAAAAUCUGAUCGAAGAUCGAAAAUACCGGAUGAGUCUGAUCGGUAAGAUAUACGAAAUGAAAAACUACGCGAACCAGAUGAAAUUCCAGCUGAACAACGAGAAAAACUUGCUGGAGAAAGAGCGGACGAACAUCAGGAAUUACUUGAAAAGCGAGACGAACAAAGAGAGAAACUCGAUGGAAAAAGAGACGGCGGCCGUUUGGGAAUACCUGGAAAAUCGCGUUAGGGAAAGCGAGGAAAACGUGCCCGAAUACAUUGGAAUCGAGCCGGAUAACACGGACGUCAUUUACGAAAAUCAGUACGCCGACGGCCGUUUGGCGGGCGCGCCUGAUGACGGAACGCCGUACCGAAACGUCGGCGACGGCGAGAAGGGCGUCGCGGCGCCGCAGUCGCGUCUCAUGAAGGACAUCGAGGACGAGUGCGACGCGGAAUUGAGGAAAAUCGACGAUUACAUAGCGGGCAUCAGGAAGAUGAAGAGCUAUUGCGAGAGUAACGCGGACAAAUUCGCGUGACCGAUGGAGAAAAUGUGGGUGAUUGUGAGUUUUUUUUUGUACAAUGUGUGGUUUUUAAUAAAUUUUUGAAAUUUGGUUCUUUUUUGUCUUUUUUUUUUUAAUGUUUCGUACGGAAAGAGGGUACAGGGAGUCUCGAACGAGACACCUGUCAUUUGGCUGUUCUAAAUUGGUUGUUAUGGAGUAACUAA